AUGCCAAAGGAAAACGACCCAGACGAUAAGAAAAACCAAAAUCCCCCCAAAAUGCCCCACGAUCGCGACUGGACCGAUGAGAGCAACCCCUUCGUUGCCUUCCGACGCUUUGCCGACGAGCAGGUCUCGUCCGUGCUACAAUCAAUCACUGGACUCCCAUCCUCAGUCACCCCACCCCAGCAUGACCGCUGGACCAUCUUCACCGAUGACAAGGGCUACGGUAGUAUGAAAUACCGUCAUCGAGAUGGCGCCGAGAACGCGGGGGACCGAAACUACCCAUCAGACCAGGGUGCAGGGACCAACCCGCCAUCUUCAGGUGACAAGGACGAGCCGUCUUCAGACAAUAAUGAGAAAUCCGUCACGCGACCAUCACAAUUUCGACAACCUGAAAAAGACCAGAACCAGCAACCACGCGGGAACAUGCGCAACGGACCAUCCGACUUUUUCGGUAUCGACUCUUUCUUCGAUCGCUUCGAGCACGAUUUCCUUCCUUUCUCAUCGAGUUUAUUCCAUCCGCAUCAACGCUUCUCCUUCCCCGAUCUGUAUGAAGAGAAUUCGCCUACAUGGCCCAUGGCAUACGUCAUGUUCAGCCCCUACUCACCUCUACUUCUGGAGCACCAGGCCCAUUACCGCGCACGUCGCGAAGGCGGUGUCUUUUCCUCGAUCAUGUCUACACUUCGAUCAGACUCGGAGCGCGACCCUACCGAGCCACAGUGGCGCGAGGCAUUUGAAGACUUGCUCCGGUUGGAGAAUGGGAAACCUAUGCUUGACUAUGAUGCUUUGACGGCCGGCAAGGCUGAGAACGGAACAGAAUGGCUUCACGGCCUGGUCAAGCGUGGCAGUUUGGGCGAUCGGUGGAAAUAUGUGACUGGCUCAGACAGUCAUCCCUGGACUGGUAUUAAGUUUGACACUGGUCGCAAUGGGGAUAGCCCUGCUUUGUCUGAGAGGGCUGCCGAACCCCGACAGAAUGGCGAACAAGCUGAGAGCGAGCUGGAUGUGUAUGAACGCUUCCUGCAAAAUAUCGAAGCCCGCGAGCGUGAAUCCUUCCGGGGUGUCCCAGAAAGUCCUCUCCUGCGUUUGCUUUUGGAUGAGCGCCAGAGAGAGCAAGACGCACCGGAGAACUACCAGCGCGGUCUCCCCAGCGCUGAAGACAAACAAGGUGACGAUGACAACGAGAGUUGGCUGGAUCUUGUCUCCGGCGGGAACCGAAAAUCUGUCCCGGAAACACCACCGGAGCCAACUUCGACAUCCGAAGGCAAACCAGUCGCAUUGCCCGAGGCACGUGUUGUCUCAACCAUGAGUCGAACAGAACGUAAGCGUCUUGCCGAUGGCUCUGUUCAGACUACGAUUGUCAAGACUAAGCGGUACGCUGAUGGCCGUGAAGAAACCGAUGAAUCUGUCGAGACCACCCACCUACGGUCUGGAGAGAGACAGUCGGCUGAAGACAAUAAGUCAAAAGGCGGCUGGUUCUGGAAAGACUGA